AAAGAGGUCGUGAAAAGUGAGGGGAUGGCGGCGGCGGGGGAUGGGAGGAGGGUUGUGAGCAAAGCGGCGGGAGCAUUGUCUUACCCUACUGCUCCCCACUCCUGUCCCCACAGGCUGCUGGCCCAGCGGCAGCAACACUCCUUUGGUCUGCAUGGGGUGGCGUGCGUGGGCACGGAGGCCCACCUCUCCCUCUGUUCCUUGGAGUUCUAUCGUGCCAAUGACACCGCCAGGUGCCCUGGGGGUGCCCCUGUGGUGGUGAGCUGUGUGCCAGGUCCUCUCUAUGCAGCCUCCAACGGCCAGAAGAAGCAACAACAGUUGAAACUUCAGGAGGAGGCCCGCGUGCGUCUGAAGGGUGGGGCCCGCCCCGGAGAGGGCCGGGUGGAAGUCCUGAAGGCUGGCACGUGGGGCACAGUCUGUGACCGCAAGUGGGACCUACAGGCGGCCAGCGUGGUGUGUCGGGAGCUGGGCUUUGGGACCGCUCGAGAGGCUCUCAGUGGUGCCCGCAUGGGGCAGGGCAUGGGUGCCAUCCACUUGAGUGAAGUCCGAUGCUCUGGACAGGAACCCACCCUCUGGAAGUGCCCUCACAAGAACAUCACUGCUGAGGACUGUUCUCAUGGCCAGGAUGCUGGAGUCCGAUGCAACCUGCCCUACACUGGGGUAGAGACCAGGAUCCGACUCAGUGGGGGCCGCAGCAGACAUGAAGGGCGAGUUGAGGUGCAAAUAGGGGGGCCUGGGCACCUUCGCUGGGGCCUCAUCUGUGGGGAUGACUGGGGGACACUGGAGGCCAUGGUGGUCUGUAGGCAACUCGGACUGGGCUAUGCCAACCAUGGCCUGCAGGAGACCUGGUACUGGGACUCAGGGAACGUAACAGAGGUGGUGAUGAGUGGAGUGCGCUGCACUGGGACUGAGCUGUCCAUGGACCAAUGUGCUCAUCAUGGCACCCACAUCACCUGCAAGAGGACAGGAACCCGUUUCACUGCUGGAGUCAUCUGUUCGGAGACCGCAUCAGAUCUGCUGCUGCACUCAGCACUGGUGCAGGAGACCGCCUACAUCGAGGACCGACCCCUGCACAUGCUGUACUGCGCUGCCGAAGAGAACUGUCUGUCCCACUCGGCCCGCUCAGCCAACUGGCCUUAUGGCCACCGCCGUCUACUCCGAUUCUCCUCCCAGAUUCACAACCUGGGAAGAGCUGACUUCAGGCCCAAGGCUGGGCGCCACUCCUGGGUGUGGCACGAGUGUCAUGGGCAUUACCACAGUAUGGACAUCUUCACUCACUAUGAUAUCCUGACCCCCAAUGGCACCAAGGUGGCCGAGGGCCACAAAGCUAGUUUCUGUCUCGAAGACACCGAGUGUCAGGAGGAUGUCUCCAAGAGGUAUGAGUGUGCCAACUUUGGAGAGCAGGGCAUCACUGUGGGUUGCUGGGAUCUCUACCGACAUGACAUUGACUGUCAGUGGAUUGACAUCACAGAUGUGAAGCCAGGAAACUACAUUCUACAGGUGGUCAUCAACCCCAAUUAUGAAGUAGCAGAGACUGACUUCACCAACAAUGCAAUGAAAUGUAACUGCAAAUAUGAUGGACAUCGCAUCUGGGUGCACAACUGCCACAUUGGUGAUGCCUUCAGUGAAGAGGCCAAUAAGAGGUUCGAGCGCUACCCUGGCCAGACCAGUAACCAGAUCAUCUAAGGUGCCAAUACCCACCUCUUCAAACCACCACUGGCCCCUAAUGGUAGGGGUCUGAGGCUGCCAUUACCUCAGGAGCUUAAAAGGAACCCGGAUGUCAGCAGGCGCACUGCAAUCAUGCAGUGUGUACUAAGGAUGUGGAACUGUCAAGCCUAAGUUAUCAACCUCCUCCCAAGGCCAGUGGUCCGGAUCUGUGGCCGAGCAUGGGGAAUCCUGGCUCUCAGGCCCAGCACUGAGCUGAGCUCGAGACAAAGAGCAGCACCUGAUUAACUAGCCAGAACAAGAGACAGCAGCAGCUCGUUUUCUCAAAGAGCGAGGUCAGGACGGUCAGCUCCAGUAUAUCCUCUCAGUUCAGGGGAAAUACAGCUUUACCUCGAGCCUUUUUAUGGGGGAAAAGAUCAGUGCCCCCUCCUUCAUUUUUGACUAUAACAUGUUGCUAGGUAUAAUUUUAUUUUAUAUAAAAAAUGUUUUUGUGA